GAACCAACCGUAGCCACUACCAACACCACUCCACUAGCUCAUGACUCCGAUAUCUCACUAUCCACCAGAUCGUUCGCAGAUGUGUCUGACAGCACUCACUGCCACCCUUGCUGAGAACUAGUUUCUUGCUUUCCAAUGGCUACGGCUGUCGACCCGACCCGGGAGAUCGACCUUGGGCAUUUCCGGUAUAGGGAUGGAAAUGUGUACUGCGCUUGUAACCCAGGCGUUAUGCAGGGAAGAAAUCAAGACGGACUAUACUGGCAAUGUCAACAAAGUGGGGUAUUGAUAUCGGAGACAGAAGCUACAAGGAUCAUCACUAGCAGCUGUGACCACAAUAAGGUACAAGAUAGUGAAAACGUAAUUGUGGGCAGCAAUAUAAGUACCGUGAACGUCCUUAUUUCGUAUCUCACAUUACCCCGGGCAGCCGACUCGCACAUAGACAACCAUAUAAACUUCGUCGUAAUGCAUCCCCAAAGGACAGCACCGCUGAACCAACAGUUUAAUUCAGCAUGGCCGGUCGAUCCCAGACAUGCCCAGUGGGAGUGGGAGCGGGAGCAAUUGUCACACCAGACAGAGAGAAUACCUUGGCAGAGAAUUUUCGGCACGGCCUGGCAACUUGAUAUCAAUCAGGCACCAGUCAAUAUAUCUCCUGAACAUAUCUGGGGCGAUUCCGAGGUUGUACACAUACCAGUCAAUAUACCUUUCCAGCAUAUGUGGGGCAAUUCCGAAGCUGUACACAUUCAACGAGAGAGGCUCUUCCUUCGUUUAUGGACUAUAUUUUGUGCCUAUAUGUCCCAAAGGGAGUUUUUGGGGUAGAUCAUGGUUAGGCCGCCCGAUUGGCAUUAAAGUAA